AUGCCAAGUCCCCAGGGAACUGAAAUGGUGCUCUCGUAUGCGCGGGGCCAGGAGGCCGGGCCUGAGGGCGAGGCUGUGCCCGCCGCCCCCGCGGGGCCCGCCCUGGCCCAGCCCUCCAGCCUGUGACGCCCGCCCGCCCGCCGCCACCCCAUUGCCACUCUUCAGAAACCUGACGUGGAUGGACGCCCGUCCGCCCCCCAGCCUGUCGCUCUGCUCAGGUGCAGGGCGGCAGACUCCAUCAGACCUGCGUUCAGUUCAGCUCACCAGCUGGGUGACCUUGGCCACGAGCUUCACUCCAGGGUUCUCAGUAUUCUCGGGUAUGGAAGGGGGACGGCCCUCAUGCCCACUCUGUACCAUCACGAAGGUCCCAGGUGAUGCCCGUGCAGCCCCUCAGGGAGCGCUCUGCACCUGGACUGUUCGGUGGGAUCUUCUGGAAACCCAGCCAGACACUCCAGUCCCACCCCCUCCCAGGGAUCCUAGCCACCACCGUCGUACGCCUGCCGUGCAGGCUGGCUCCAAGGGGUCUCUGUUGACCCCCUAAUGGGCUGCCCAGGGACUUGCUAACUUCCCAAAUCCCCCACUUGGCAGAGCUCCAGGGAGCCUUCUUGGCCACCUCUCUGGUCUCUGUUAGGGAUAGCACAGCUUGGAGUGCCUCCUCGUGCCUCCUCGUGCCGCAGAACUGGACGCCAGUGUACUCCAGCUUCUCCACAUGGCACUGCUGAGAGUAUCCCAGCUGCUGCCACUCCCACUGGAGGGUGACCUAGGAGCCCCUCCAGGAAUGCAUGGGGCCUCUUGGGGGCUCCCUGUCAGCCUAGGGACUGAGUGGGGGAGCAGAAGCAGGCCAGUGGAAAGAGGUCUUGACAGUUAAAUUAUACAGCUGUGGCACGGAGAAGUCCUUUCACCUUCUGGACCUCAGGCUUCCCAUCUGUAAAGUGGGGCCAUAGAUCAGCCGAUGUCUGGGUCUCUUGCCUACAACCAGCAGCCAAGGUUCAGCAGAGAACAGUAUGGCAACCCCUUCCCCAGGGCUGGGACAGCUCAGGCCACAGAGAAGCCAGAAACCAGCUACUCUGCUUCCCAGCAAAUGGUCUUUCCCAGGUGGUCUCCUAAGUGCCUGGUGUCCCUGUGAGGACAAGAACGGCCUGGUAAGGGGCUGGCCCAUGGCUCACUUGGGAGAGAGUGGUGCUGAUAGCACCAAGGCCCUGGGUUCGGAUCCCAUAUA